UGGUGAUAGAGUAAACUUGUGGGUUGCUUAAGAAAAUGUUUUCAAAAAUUAUAAUAUUUCUAACAUUUCAUAGUGUUUUCUUACAAACUGCGCAGAGUGAAAGUUGCGAUUUGGAUGAUGUCUACUUGCAUUUAUUCGGGCAAGUGGAAAAUUUAAAAAGAUCACUGGAAAAUUUGAACACACGUUUGGAUGUUGGAUACGACAGAUGUUCCUCUGUUAUGGACAAAAAACAAGUUAAUGAGAAGUCAUCUAAAACUUACAAACCAAUAUUUGAUAUACGCUUCGAUACUAUGCCCAAAGAUUGCCCUACAAAUCUGAAACCCAGCUCAUGUGCCGAAGCCACUGAAUGCACUCGUUCUUCGGGCAUUUACAAUAUUACCGAUACACGCUACAGCAAUCAGACAUUUACUGUUUAUUGUGAUUACGACAAUUAUGAAGGCGACUGGUUGUAUAUUUUAAGACGUGAAGAUGGCACCGAGAAUUUUAACCGAUCCUGGACGGAUUAUGUUAAAGGUUUUGGUAAUCCAGCCAGAGAAUACUGGAUUGGUCUGGAGAAUCUGUAUGCUCUAACCAACAACUUUGGAUCACAGGAAUUAAAUGUUUAUGUGGAAAAUUUUGAAGGUGUAACAAAGUUUGCACGUUAUGACAACUUCGCAAUAGACAGUGCUACUGAGAAAUACAAAUUAAAGACACUGAGCCGUUAUUGGGGUACUGCUGGUGAUAGUAUGACUAGACAACUGGGCUACAAAUUCAGCACAUACGACAAUGAUAAUGACUCAUUGUCUAGCAAUUGUGCUAAAGACCGUGAAGGUGGUUUUUGGUUUAAGGAUUGUUCUGAUGCACAUCCUACUGGCAAGUAUCUGCGUGGUAAAUAUAGUGGCGAUACAAAAGGUUGUUAUUGGAAAACUUUUGGCGAUUUUUACUAUUCGCAUAAAACUAUUAUCUUCAUGAUUCGACGAAAAAGUGCUGUAAAAUUGGAAUAAUAUUUGAUUGUGUUAAGCAUUAGCAUUUUUACUACUAUAGUUAUUUAAAUAAUUAUAUAUACUAGAUUAACACGUUGCGCUAACGCUAUCGUAGUAAAAUAAAAAAAAUGUGAAAGGAUUUU